AGAUCCCGACGAUAGCACAACACCUGGGCCUCGCUCUCCUGUGUCUUUGUAUGCUGAGCCUUCACACACUCCCCCCCCCCCCCCACCCACACACACACACGCACACUGCACACAAGCAACAGGCACCCGCUACCCGUAUAUAAACCCUUCUUGUUUGUUGUUAGCGAAAGCAUAGCGAUAUAAAAAAACUCGAAGACGCUUCAACUCACACAACGCUUUUGAUUAUUGUUAUUGCACACUUACAUAUUUAUAGGAGAUGAACACCCGUCCCCGUGACCUCUGCACGGCAGCCUUCCACGACGACACGGAGCGGCUGCGGCAGCUCAUCGUGGCCACCGGCGGUGUCUACACGGGACGGUGGCAGCCGCCGUGCCACAUCGACACCAGCCCUGCCAUUCGUGCUCUUCUUGAUGCGGAUACGCCGGCAGGCGAUGAGGACGAUGCGACCCGCAACGGAGGGCGCGGCGAGACACCGCAGCAGCAGCAGCAGCAGCAUCGCAUGGGUGGGCCGUCCUACGACUCUGCCCAAAUCGUGAGCGAUGACGUCGCGGAGGAGCUGGCAGAGUUGCUGAGCGAGGAGGAGAUGGCUGAUUUGAUGGCCGACCCUCAGCUGAGGCGGGUCACGCGGGCCUACACGCUUGACCCCACGCCCGCAGAGGAGGCGGAAGAGGAGGAAGAGAACAACACGCACCACAGCAGCAUCAACAACGACGAUGGCGAUGACCACCGCGCUGAGUCUGCAGACGGCGACGAUGACAAUGAUUUAUUCGACGAGAGCGAGGCGGAGGCGGCAGAAACGGACCGGCAGGCGCAGCAGCACGACCUUCUCAUUUACCAGUGCUUGCUGGCCGAGCAGCGCCACCGCGAGAGCGUCGCGCGGCAGCUGCAGGAGCACGGGCUCAUCCACGUCAGCACCACGCCACCGGUCAACAUGAACUCCUACGGCAUCCUCUUCUCCUGUCGUGAAAAGGCCGUAUUGAUGCCGCAUCACCAUGACGAAACGGAGAGCCACGGCAACGACACCGCUGCUGCGGCGGGAACAGACGACCGAGGGGUGGUCACUUCGCUGCAGGUGCGCUGGCAGCCCAGCAAGCGCAGUCGCUACGGCGGGACACCGCUGCACUGGGCGGUCCUCGCGCGGGCCCACGCGAUGGUGAAGUUUCUGGUCGAGCACGGCGCGGACGAGAUGGCUGGGCUGUCCAGCGUCGUCGACACCACCGCAGGGGCUGAGACGGCAACGGCACGCGGCCACGGAAGCGCCACCGCGACCGACGCAGUGGCAGCCGCAAAGGUGCUGUCGCAGCUCACACCCGCCGUCAUGGCAGCCGCGAACGAGUCGCUGCCGACGCUGCAGGUGCUGGAGAUGGCGCUCGCGGCCCGGACGGCUGACCAGGCGAAUCGAGAUGCAUUUUACACCGCGCUCGAGCGGCGGAUGCGCCGGCGGAAGGAGGGCUACGCGCAACGCCGGCGAAACGCAGUGGCACGGCGUGCCCAGCAGGCACAGGCGCAACGGGAACAAGAGGAGGCGGACGCCGCGGCGGAGGAGCGGGAGAGGGAAGAGGGCGAAUGGGCCGCCGAUGAGUAA